AUGAGUGGCAUUGUACCAGCAACCGCUGCUUUACUUUCGAAUGUACAAGAAGCAUAUUCAUGUUAUAUAAAAGAUAAUGAAGAACAACAAAAAUUAAUUAAAAAUAUUGAUGUUGUUAAUGUAACACGUGCUUUUGAUACUAAACAUGAACGAUUAGAAGAAAACGAAAUUGAAUUGUUAAAUGAACAAAAGAAUUUAAAACAAGAAUUAUUGAAUGCAACUAAAAUGUUGGAGGAACGGAGUACAAGACUUGCCACAGCUUUGAACAAUAAGGCAUCUGAUGAUGUUGGUACAGCUGAAGCACUUGUAACAGCUGCUAAUGCUAAAUUAGCUGUUUUGAAAACUCAAUUAAUUCAGAAUAAUGAAAACUUAAACCGAAUGAGAAAAAACAGAGAAAAUGAAUGA